CAUAUACAAAAUUUGAUGAAAAAAUUGCUAUUAUUGAUUGCAUCACUUAAUUAUGUCUUAAGUUAAACUGCAACUUGUGCAUCAUAAAGUUCAUCAACAUGCAAUGGUACGGGAUAUUGCUAUUGGACAACCACUUGUAUAAUGGCUGAAUGCCAUAAAGUUACUGAUAUAAGAGCUUGUAGAACAGGAGGACAUUUGAAAACAAAUAAUAAAUGCACAGAGAUAACAUCAAUUGAUCCAAACUUUUUGAACUAAUGUAUGGAAAAUGAUUAAACUACUUUGAUGUAUUCUUAUGUAAGAUUUCCUACAGAUAUUACCUAAUUAUUCUCAUCCAAAACAUCAAGUGGUUAUUUAGUGACAACAAUAAUGACUGCUAAGUACACUUCAUAAUAUAAAUAUGAAAUAUUAACAGUUAACAUAUUGAGUGCCACUACAUCAGAAUUAUUAAACAUUAUGAAUGCAUAUGUUCAAAUGUAAUAUGAUUUAGCUGAUCCAGAGAUUCAUCCUCUUUAUUUAGAGAAGGCCAUCUAUGAAUCUAUGUAAGCAAUUAGAGAUGAUGUAACAUUAACUCUUACUGGUACUACAAAAAGACAAGAUUAUUACACUGUCUUGUGGAGAAUGACAGAUGCUUACUUUCUUAAAUUAAGAGCAUACCAACCUUUCUAUAUUUCUAAUAAAUAUUUAAUCAAUUUUGGAUUUUCACAUUUCAAUCGUUUUUCUCUAACACUAACAUCUUAAUAUUAAAGUACUAAAAUAACAUGGUCUACUUAUACUGAAAAUGGAUACUUAGAAUUAUUAAUAGUACCUGCAGAAUAAUUUGGAAUACUGGCUACAUUAUCAGAUAUUAUAAUAAUUAGACCAUCAAAAUUAGAUGGUAGUGAUGCUACACUAACAUUUAUUUUAGAAUGGUCUUGGUCCUACACAGGUACCUAACCAACAACGAGUGCAAACUUAUACACAAUUGAUAAAGUUGAAAUGAAUAACUUUGUUUCAUAAGGCUCAGCUAAUUGUAAUACAUCAACCAAGAAAUGUACUAAAUCUAUUAGUUCUUUAUAAACUACUGCAGCAUAUGUAAUUGCUGAAUCAUCAUUUACUACAUAAAGUGCAGGAAGCAGAUAUUACACAAGAUGCAGGUUAGGACGUUUCACUUGGGGUGGAAGUAGUUGUACUUGAGAAUUUAGAAUAUUUCUAUCUAAUAAAUUAUUGUUAAAAU